AGCAAAAACCAAGCCAAGAGUGAAGUCCGUCUCCUCUGUAUUCUCUUCCUCUGCUUAUUUCACUAGUACCAUUCCAUACUCCUCUCCUCUUUUUCCCCAUUGCAGAUUUCGAAUGUGACACGACAGCAAGCAUAUAGCAUGGCGGGAUCGACGGAGGAGCCGCAGGUGGGAUACGGAUUCAAACCGACGGACGAGCAGCUCAUCGGUCAUUUCUUGAAGAAGAAGCUCAAAGGAGAAAUGGAAGCUCACAGCGCGAUUCCAGAGCUAUACAUCUACUACUGGGAGCCUCCGGAUUUAUUUAUCCUAUACGACGUAUUAUCAAGUGAAUCGUCCGAUGGACGCGAGUGUUUCUUCUUUUGUCCCCGCGGUCGCCGGAGGAAGACCGAGCGGGGAUUUUGGAAAGAGACGAGUAGCACGCGCGUUAUACGGGCGCCGGGCACUGGUGAGCCAAUGGGAACCAAGAGAUAUUUGGUUUACCAUGAAGGUCAACAGCCAAAUGGCCACAGGACUGAUGUGGCCAUGCACGAAUACCACCUAAAUUCCGAUGUUUCGGAUAGUGAAAUUUCCGACCCGACGGCGUUGGUUCUCUGUCGGAUAAUAAACAGGAAAAGUAAGAAAGCGAAGUCAGUAACAGCGAGUGCUUCAACCGAUUUAAUGGGCCCGAGUAAUCUGAAUAGCGCACAGGCAACUCCAGGAGUUACUAUCGGAUCCGACUGUCCGACCGAGAUGUUGAAUGCUCGUUUACCUGACUGGAAUGUGCUCAGUCCUGAUCAGCAGCCUCGAACGUGCAACGAGCAGCGUUCGUCUGAUGAUGAUAACUGGCAUGUUGAUGGACCUAGCGACUGAAGUUGUAAUAUGCCAUAUUCUCCAAGCUGACGGUACCGAUCUUCAGGAUCUCUUGAACUCCAACUAAAGCAAGGAUUAGUAUGCCAAACUACAGUGUGCGUAGAUUAUGCUCAAUAGGUUAGCUGUGAGUGAUGAUGAUGAAUUGCCAGUGUUUGGUGGUCCUUUAGAGAUGUUAAUCUCAUCCUAGCUUGUUAUAUCAGUGGUAAUGCUGUGUACC